GAACCUACGGUUUCUACGUGAGAUAUUCGGACCAUCCACGACUGGUCACACUGAGGGAGCACCAAAAUGUUUUUUUGUUUGUUAUUCAAUUAAGUUGACCUGCUUGAAACCAAACAGAAAACAGAAGAGAUCUCUCGCUCCAGAUAUUUUAACAGACCCUGUAUCCAGAUUCGGACGUGAGGAUCGUAUCCCGGGCCAUGGCUUCCGAGCCGGGAUCCCUGAUCCUGCAGCUGAACGACGACUGUCUGGCCGAGAUUUUCGAUCGCUUACAGGACCUGCCGUCGGAAGUGUCUUUCGCGAGGACUUGCCGGCGAGUGCAGUACAUAUGUCUGGGCAAGUGGCGCACCAGCCGUGCCUACGAGCAACUGGAUCUGGAGAAGUGGCGGGUACUGUUGCCCAAUCAUGAAGACCUGGUCUACUUCCUAACCCAAAUGCGUCCGUACAUCAGAGAGAUGGGCGGCAGCAGCUGCCUGUGCUCCAUUCUAAAGGAUCUGGACGAAAUGCACAUUGCGGAGCUGCCCAUGGUGACCAGCUUCUACUACGACCCAGACGGCGUCGAUUGCUAUCCCACGAACCGGAGCAUCCGUAAACUGGCCCGCCUGCUGCCGGGCUUGAAAAAGUUGCGCCUUACCACACCCAUCGACGGGCGGUACCUGUCCAACUUCCAGCACCUGCAGGAACUUCACCUCUACGAGGACCAGCACAAGGCGUUUGAGCUGCAGCAGAAGUACCUGGACGAGGUGUGCCGCAAGCUGCAUGAUCUUCGGGUCCUAGACAUUAGGACGUACGAUAUGAUCAGUAAACUUCAGCUGGGAAACUGCCUGCAGAGCUUAAAGAACCUCACUGAUCUUAAGCUCAAUCUGGCCACCUUGAAACCCAUUCUACCCGCCGUGCUGGAGCUGCCCUCCCUCAGGAAACUAGUGGUGCUGCUGGACAACGAGUGGCAUAUCCCCCCGCUGGUCAGUCCCGAUAGCUAUGACCACAAGAUCCGCGAGGUCAGCGAGUUCUACGAGAUCAUGGCUUUCAAGGCCAAGGACAUCGUCGGCUUUGCCGUGGACGGAUACUAUAUGCCCCUGGAACCGGGCUGGGAUGAGAAGCUGCCCAUCUGGACGCAUCGCAGGCUAAAGCGCCUGGCCAUUUGCAGCUGGACUCAUUCGGCAGACUACCUAAAGCGCUACACCUGUAUGACAGAGCUGCAGCUGCUUUGCUUGCGCAACUGGAAUGACCUAAGUGACGAAAUCCUCUUAGAAUUCGUGGAACUCUGCCCAGGAUUGGAACACCUCGACGUAUCCUACUGCCGAAAUCUGACGCCAACAUUUUUGUCACGCGCCUUGAGUAUUCUUAAGCGGCGGGAGCCGUACAAGCAGAAGCCGGGAAUUGGACGGUCGCCACCUCUGAAGCUCUACUACGAUCUAAGUGGCUUUGAGGACUAUGUGGAUAGAGCGAACCUGAAGAGCUCUUUGGAAUAUAGAGGAUAUAUUGUCUUCACCGCCGACUUUCCAGUUGACUCGGAACGCGGUCUGAGCUUUGUGGACCGCGGCUACCAAUUUGAAUUUCACUGACCUCAAAAUAUGUAAAUAUACAAGCGUAGAUUCAUACAAUAAUUUAUUAUUAAAAUUUAUGUUGCACAAAGUAAGCCAAAUUGGAUUCUGAUUUCAAAGUUUUGAUUGAUUCAUGCACCCUUCAGUGUUGGUUCCUAAGUAUAUCAUUUAGACGACUGUCCUCCACUUAGUGACAAAGAGAAUCAAGCGUGGUAGAUCCGUAAAAUAGUAUAGACGUAGUUAAAUUAUUUAAAUAAAUUCGGGGUACAUUUGAUAUUUCUCAUUUUGGUGGAGGAAGGUUUCAUCGUUAAGAGGAGAGACAUUAAACAUUUGGAAUUACUUUAUGUACUAAGGCGAAACGUUGUGGUAAUAAAUUGCUUGGUUCUUUUAGGUUUAGUACUUGUUUUUGUAUAUGUCGCAUUACGAAUGUAUUUUGACCACUGUACGUGUCUGUCAUAUUAUUAUCAUGGUUUGACCACUGUGCUUGCAAGACGCAGCUGCGCAAUGAGUUUGGUAUAUUGUGAGGACAUUCUUAGAAUUUGACUACAACGUAGAAUAUGACUGGCGCCAAAGUACCGUUACGAGUGAGGCGACGGCGUUGUCGCGCUGUCGCCAAGUGUAGUCCAGCUAAGGUGUGUAAAGGAUAGAUUGGUGCGUAGAAAAUACGAUCAGUUGCAUACAGACGAUCGCGCGCGCCGGUUGGAAUUCGCUUCACUCAAAUAGUUUAUUUGCCAACAUGGGAGAUCAGGCACAAGAAAAUGCCAACGCUGCGACAUAUAUAAUUUUAACGAUCACCUUCAGAUAACAAAAGUGAUAUUAAUUUUUUUUUUAAAUGUUCACCAGUCUUCAGGUCAGGAUAAAGAAUUUAUAAUAUAUUAAAAUUAAGUAAAUCAAUAGUAACUGUUGUUGAUAUUCACAAUAUAUAAUUUAAAUGAAUCGCUACUAUUGUCUUAAACUUGACCUGCAAUUAAAAUACACAUAUUAUACGGUAAUGUACGGUAACGUGGAA